GUGCACUUCUGCUAGGAAGGCGGGACUGUCUUCCCGUCUACAAGUCCAUUUUGCUGGGUCCGCUUCCCAGCCCGACUCUCUUUUCUUUCCGUCUUCUACCGCGUGCGUCCCGGUUCUCAUCCCUGGCUCCCCAGUUUCAGUAGAAUCUCCCGUCCCCCUCCUUCCUGGAUCCCUGGGUGGCUUUCUCUUUCUCUAGGUGUGCGUAGGUGGAACAAGUCCAAACAUUCUCUGGGAGUCAGGCGGGCUCUGCUGCCGCACCCUCUGGGCUGUACUUGCCUCCAAAACUGGUUGUGCUAGUCGUGUGUGUGUAUGUGUGUGUGUGUCUGUCUAUGUGGGGGUGUGGUGUAUAGGGGGGAGUGGAGUAUAGAGACUGCUGGAGCUCCCGGGUCCGCUCAGCACGCUCACCUGCAGGGAGGAGCCUCCCAGAAACUCUCCUUCCCGGGCCAGAUCCUCCGCCCAACACAAAACUCGGACGGAGACACCGGGGGACCCACUCGGCUGGAGCCUGAGCCUAGAGUCUGAGCCUGGAGCCGCACCCCGAGCCAGAACGCAGCACCUCUCUCUGCAACUAUGUUUAAGGGGUUAGGUAAAGGAUCCCCUGGGAAGGGGGUCUCCAAGGGUUCUCCCAAGGGCUCCCCCGGCAAACACACCAGGGCCUCCACCCAAGAACUGGCCCAACUCAUCACUCGCAUGCAAGCCAAUGCUGACCAAGUAGAGAGGGACAUCUUGGAGACACAGAAGAGACUGAAGCUGGACAGAACCAACAGUGAACAAAACCAAGCUCUCCAGUACCAGGAGGAGACAGGCCGGGACCUGAAGGAAGCUGAGAUGCUGCUGAAAGACCUUUUCCUGGAUAUGGACAAAGCCAAGAGACUGAAGCAUCCCCAGGCGGCUGAGAUCGAGAAAGACAUCAAGCAGCUCCAUGAGCGGGUGACCCAGGAAUGUGCUGAGUACCGCCAGCUGUAUGAAAAGAUUGUGCUGCCGUCUGACCUCGCACCAAAAGUUGACUGGGCUCGGGUGCUGGAGCAGAAACAGAAACAGAUCUGUGAAGGGCAGUAUGGCUCAGGCAUGUCAGAACUGGAGCAGCAGAUCGCCGAGCACAACAUCUUGCAGAGGGAGAUUGAAGCCUAUGGACAGCAGCUUCGAUGCUUCAAUGGCCCGGAUGCUGCAACCAUCAAGAACCAAUACCGAGACCUCCUGAAGGCAGCCACAUGGCGCGGGCAGAGCCUGGGCAGCCUCUAUACCCACCUGCAGAACUGUACCCGGCAGCUCAGUACCUUGGCGGAACAGCAGCACCGCAUCCUUCAACAAGACUGGAGUGACAACAUGGCUGACCCUGUUGGGGUACGCCAGGAAUAUGAGCACUUCAAAAACCAGGAGCUGCUGAUCCAGGAGCAGUGCAUAAACCAGCUAGAGGAUGAUGGAGACCGUAUGGUGGAGCUCAAGCAUCCAGCCGUGGGGCCCAUCCAGGCUCACCAGGAGGCCCUGAAGACUGAAUGGCAGAACUUCCUGAACCUAUGUAUCUGUCAGGAGAGCCAGCUGCAGUGCGUGGAAGACUACCGCAGGUUUCAGGAUGACUUGGAUGCUGUCAGCCAGACUCUGAAGAAACUGAGCUCCAGCUUGGACACUAAGUACCGCCACCCUGCCCAGGGAGAUCCCCCUGGGGCACUGUCAGACCUGCUCCGGCAGCUGGAGUUGGAUGAAAAGCAGCUGAAUAUGUCAGAAAAGACCAUCCAGAACCUCAAGAAACAAGGCCAGAAUAUCGCCCCCCUCCCUCUCCGAAGGACCCACCCUGGGAAGCCCCUCCAGGUGGACAGCAUCUGCGACUGGGACUCCGGCGACGUGCAGCUAUUUAGGGGAGAGAAGUACACACUGAAGGAUAACAGCGACCCCCACACCUGGGUGGUAGAGGACCAUUGUGGGGAGUCCAAGAGAGCUCCAGCUGCCUGCUUCUACAUCCCCCCGCCUGACCUGGAUGGCGUGGCUAAGGCUGGAAGGUUAGAGUUCGAGGUGCAGGCACUGAAACAGAAAUGUAAGGACCUCCAGCAUCGUCUGACGGCCAAUGCCCAGGAGCUAGUGCGGCCCAGCCAGCAGGGCUCCUCAAAUGCUGCAGCAGCCAACCCCCAGGCCAAGAAGCUGCUGACCAGGCUGACUCAGCUGAAUAGUGACCUGAACCAGAUAGAACGGGAGAUUCUGGACUGGGUCCGGGCACCCCUGAACCGCAAUGCCCCCCUGGAUGAUCUCAAAACCCGUAUCUGGAGCCAGGAGAAUAUCUCCCAGAGGCUACAGGGCUUAGAAGCUGAAAAAGAGGCCACCCAGAAGGAAUGUGAAUCUUUCCUGUCCUCUAAGCCAUCUGGGUCCACUGUGCUUCAUCUGCCAGUGACUCUUAACAAUGUCAAGAACAAAUAUAAUGAUGUUCAAGUCCUCUGCAGUCUCUAUGGGGAAAAGGCAAAGGCAGCUCGUGCCCUAGAACAACAGAUCCAGGCAUCAAAUAAGGUGAUUCAAGACUUUGAGUCUGACCUGGUCCAGGAGGCCCCCAUUGGUGCCAGCCCUGGAGCACUGCAGGAACGAAUCAGUCAGUUGCAGAGGCAAAGGCGGGAGUUGUUGGAGCAACAGUCCUGCGUGCUGGGCCUGCACCGAGAGCUGAAGACAACAGAACAUGGCUGCAGGGCACUCCAGAACAAUUUCCAAGAAUUCUGCCAAGACCUGCCCCAACAAAGGCGUCAGGUGCAGGGACUCACUGACCGCUACCAUGCUGUAGCUGACCAGUUGGAUCUUCGGGAGAAGGCAGUACAAGAUGUCAGUCUCAUUUACCAGCAGUUCAAGAAUUCCAGUGAGAAUCUACGCUCCUGGAUGGAACAUCUCCCACGCAAUGAGCUGGGGCCUACGGAUGGACCUAGUCAGAUCAACUAUAAGCUACAGGCCCAGAAGCGUCUGGUUCAGGAAAUUCAGAACAAGGAGAAAGAUAAAAACACAGUAUUCCACCUAUCCCAGGACCUCCAAGCUGCUCUCCAAGACUAUGAGCUGCAGAUAGAUAAGUACCGUUGUUCCUUGGACCCUACAAUGACAGCAUCUGCCCCCAAGAGACCUCGGAUCACUCCUUUGCAGGACAGCAUCCAGGCCCAGGAGAAGGACUUAACCAAACGCUACAUUGAGGUUGCUACCCAAAAACAUCAACAGCUGAGUCGGAUGGAGUUUGCCAAGAAGGUGUUGGAAAAGAAGGAAAUCAAUGAGGCUAUCCAGCCAGCUCACCACCCAGAGCAAGGGUCUGAGAAGCGGACCCAGGUGAGCAGAGAGUCAGAGUCACAGGCACUGAAAUCCCAGCUAGAGGAAGAGAGGAAGCGAGUGGCUCAAGUGCAGCAAGAACUCCAGGAACAGAGGAAUCAGCUGCUGCUACUGAAGACCCAGAAACCUGUGGAGAGGCUGGAGGAAAAGGAAGUGGUUGAAUUUUACCGGGACCCCAAGCUUGAGAGUAGCCUGUCCAAAAUGAAAUACCAGGUAGAGGAGGAGGGCAAGAAGUGGGCCCGCAUGAAGGCAGACCUGGAGGUGGUAAAUCAGAAGAUAGCCCACCUGGAGAAGGAGAAGAAAAACAUUCAGCCCCAUCUGCUGACCAAGGAAGUCACCCAGAUCAAGAGGGAUCCCAACCUGGACAGCCAAGCGGUCCAGAUCAAUGCUGAGAUUGAACACCUUCGGGGAGAGAAUGCCACGAUCUCUGCCCUGCUGGAACAGCUAAAGAGAGACCUACUGACUCUGGAACAGAAGGAGGCAAAUGUGAAGGAAAAAGUUGUAGUGAAGGAGCUAGUCAAGCUGGAGAAAGAUCCUGAAAUGGUCAAGGCAUCCUGGGCUCUGAAGAGGCAGAUUGAGGAGGAUGCCAGCAGAAGGAAAAUGGCAGAGGAGGCUGUGGCCAAGUUGCUGGCUCGUGCCCAGGAGCUGGAGCAGCAAAUCAGCAGUUUGGAACCCAAAGUUAUUGUGAAAGAGGUGAAGAAAGUGGAACAGGACCCUGGACUCCUUAAAGAGUCAGUCAAGCUAAGGAACCUCAUGGAGGAGGAGAAGAAAAAGAACAUGAUACUCACCAGGGAGCUAAAGGAACUACACAGCAAGUACAGUUUGGUGGAAAAGCAGAAGCCCAAGGUGGAGUUCAAAGAGAGAGUCAAUGAGAUCUUCCAAGUAGAUCCAGAGACAGAAAUGGAGAUUACUCGGCUCCGGGAGGAGCUCCGAGACACCACAAACAAGAGGAGUGCCAUUGAGAAGGAGGUGGAGGGAAUCCUACCGGAGCUGACUAUCCUACGGGCCCAGAAGCCAACUGUAGAAUACAAGGAAGUGAUUCAAGAGGUGGUGAAACAUGAGAAGAGCCCAGAGAUCCUCAGGGAAAUCGAUCAGCUGAAGGCUCAGCUCAAUGAGCUGGUCAAUACCAAUGGCCGAUCUCAAGAGCAACUCAUCCGACUGAAAGGGGAACGGGAUGAAUGGAAGAGAGAGAGAUCCAAGGUUGAGACCAAGAUGGUGAACAAGGAGGUGAUACGUUAUGAGAGUGACCCAGUGCUGGAGAAGGAGGCAGAACGUCUGAGGCGGGAGAUGAGAGAUGUGGUCCAGAAGAGGAGAGCAAUGGAAGAUGUGGUAUAUGAGCUUCAGAACAAGUACCUGCUGUUGGAGAGGAGGAAGCCAGAGGAGAAGGUGGUAGUCAGGGAAGUGGUAGUUAUCCAGAUGGACCCAAAACUCCAUGAGGACCACAGCCGCCUUAGCCAGAGCCUGGAUGAGGAAGUGGCCAACAGGAGACGGCUGGAGCGUGAGGUGCAGCAGCUCCAGGCCACAGUGGAGGAGAAAGAGAACCUCCUCAGCUUCCAAGAGGACCGUGACAAAAAGCUGGCCAUUGAGAAGGAGAUACGGCACCUGAGCCUAAAAAUCCAGGAGAUGGAGCAGCGGCCUCUCGCAGUGCAAGAGAAAAUCAUCAUGGAGGAAGUGGUCAAGCUGGAGAAGGACCCAGAUCUAGAGAGGUCAGCAGAGGCCCUGCGGCGGGAUCUGGAGAGCGAGAAGAACCGGGUGACAGAUUUAAACAGGGAGUGCAAGAACCUACAAGUUAAAAUUGACAUCCUUCAGAAGACCAAGUCCCAGGAAAAGACUAUCUACAAGGAAAUCAUCAGAGUGGAAAAGGACCAAGUCUUAGAAAACGAGAGGUCCCAUAUCUGGGAGCUGCUCAGUAAGGACCGUACUGCAAGACAGAACAGGGAGGAAGAUGUGAGGAGACUCAAGGAGAGGAUCGAGAGAGCUGAGGCACUAAAGAGGACCUGGUCCCAGGAAGAAGCUGACCUUCAGAAAACUCAGAGCCAGGCCAACCAAGAGCGAGCAAAACUGGAGAAAGAAAUGAGGGACCUGGAGAGGCAGAAGCAAGAGCGCAUGUUGUGCUUACACGAGGAGUCCAAAUUGCUCAGUCAGAAGACAGAAAGUGACCGGCAGAAGAGGGCCCAACAAGGCCAAGAGCUCUCUCAUCUGGAGGCAGCUAUUCUCCGGGAGAAGGAUCAGAUCUAUGAGAAGGAGAGGACUCUAAGGGACCUCCAUCUAAAAGUGAAACAAGAAGAGAUUAACCAGGACACCCAGUUGAGAGAGACCAACCUUUCCACUAAGAUCUCUAUCUUGGACCCAGAGACAGGAAAAGACAUGUCACCGUAUGAAGCCUAUAAGAGAGGCAUCAUAGAUCGGGGACAGUAUAUCCAGCUACAGGAACUGGAAUGUGACUGGGAAGAGAUCACCACCAUGACCCCAUGUGGAGAGGAUUCCGUUCUCCUUGACAAGAAGAGUGGGAAGCAAUAUUCCAUUGAGGAUGCCCUCCACUGCAGAAGGAUCACCAAGGAGGAGUACCAUCUCUACAAGGAUGGCCACCUUCCCAUUUCUGAGUUUGCUCUCCUGGUGGCUGGAGAGAACAAACCUUCCUCACUCUCAAUUGGCUCUAUCAUCUCCAAAUCACCCCUCUCCUCACCAUCGCUGACCAGCCACCAAACCACCAGCAUCUUCUCCCCUGGUUGCUCACUUGGCCUCAGUGAUGACACCUUUCCCAUCGCAGGUAUCUAUGACACAGUGACCGACAAUAAGUGCAACAUCAAGACUGCUGUCAGCAAGAAGAUGCUGGACCCCAUCACUGGGCAGAAGCUGCUGGAGGCCCAGGCAGCCACAGGAGGCAUCGUGGACCUCCUAACACGGGAACGCUAUUCUGUCCACAAGGCCAUCGACCGAGGCCUGAUCGAGAACACCUCUACUCAGAGGCUGCUCAAUGCCCAGAAGGCCUUCACUGGCAUCGAAGAUCCCGUCACACGGAAGAGGCUGUCGGUGGGGGAGGCUAUCCAGAAGGGCUGGAUGCCCCGGGAGAGUGCCCUGGCUCACUUGCAGGUUCAGCACCUCACUGGAGGACUCAUUGACCCCAAGAGGACAGGUCGCAUUCCCGUUCCCCAAGCCUUGCUGGCUGGCAUGAUCAGUGAAGAACUGGCUCAGCUCCUCCAGGAUGAAUCCUGCUAUGAAAAAGAAUUGAUGGACCCCAUCUCCAAAGAGCGGCUAAGUUACAAGGAAGCCAUGGCCCGUUGCCGGAAAGACCCAAUGACAGGCCUGCUGCUCCUUCCUGCAACCCAAGAGAAUUAUUGUUCUUACCGUACAGCCUCCCCUUCUCUGCCCCGCUCUCUGUGCUAAAGGAAAUGCCCCUCAUACGUGAUGAGCAGGCAUGAAGGCACGUGUUAAAGGUCAUAUAGCUUUUUUUUUUUUGCUAAAUAAAAUUUUCUUUACUCUCCAGAGGCAUCCAGAUCCCUGACCUUUCUAUACCCCAAUGUUUCAUUAUGGAGAGUGGUCUUUGUAUCUGAACUCCCCUACCACAUUUCCCUAGCUCCGGAGGUCAGUCUGACUUUGUCUGCACUAAUGCAUGUAAUAAACUCCCCCGUUGUCUCAGAA